CUGCCCUCCUCUACAACUUGCUAUCCAAGUCCUGACUGGAUUUUGCACUCCCCAAGAUCUUAGUCCAGUCACAGGUCAGCAACACCCUGGGAUUUACAACCUUUUGAUUAAGUCCGAAUCAGAAGUUUUGCGUCUUCCUCUUGAGACCACUUCUGUACAGGAGUUUAAAACCCGUUUGGAGUCAUGCCGCUCGCUGGAACACCUGCCCCUCCCAACAAGAGGAAAAGAACUUCUAAAAUCAUCACUGACCUGUCACAUAUCACUCAAAACGAGUAUGACUCAGAGCCCGAAGCCUCCGAGUUUGACUUGGGGACGAAGAUCAGUACACCCAAAGAUUUAAUGCUGGAAGAACUGUCCCUGCUCAAUAACAAAGGCUCCAAGAUGUUCAAAAUGAGGCAGCUGCGUGUGGCGAAGUUCAUCUACGAGAACAACCCUGACGUCUUCAACGAUGACUCUAUGGAUAACUUCCAGAAGUUUGUCCCUGGCAUUGGGGGCCAAAUGGUGGAUGUUGGUGGACAUCUGGUUGGUGCACGUCUUGUUGGGGGACAGAUAGUUGGUGGACAGAUAAUUGGAGGUGGGCAUGCACCUGUGCCUCCUCCCAAACCAGGAAGCUGGGGUACAGGGGCAGGAAGUAGAGUUGGUGUAGGAGGAACAGCUGGCAGAGUGGGCGCAGGGGCAGGCGAGAGUGCCAGCUCAUCAGCUGAUGGCUCACAGAGUGCAGAAAGUGCAAAGGCUGCUGCUUUAGCAAAGGAGAAGAAAAGUAAGGAAUAUGUGAAGAUAUAUGUAUCACCCUGGGAAAAGGCCAUGAAGGGCAAUGCAGAGCUUGUAUCUACUAUGAAAGCCUACAUGCCUGGACCCUGUGCUUAUAAAGACCUGCCUAAAUACAAGAGUUUUAACAGGUCAGCCAUGCCUUAUGGUGGGUUUGAGAAAGCUUCUCAGCUGAUGACCUUCCAGCUGCCAGAUGUCCAGGCAACAGCAGAGGAGCUGGAGCCUGCAAUAGUGUACCACCAUGACAUACACUCAAGACCCUCCUUUAACCGCACUCCUAUCGGCUGGGUGGGCAGCGGAGACACAAGCAACAUCCACCUCCAGGUUGAUACUAUGCCAUUUGAUGGGGAGACUGACGAGCUGUGAGGAACGAACAUCUUAGACCUUCAAAAAGUGCAAUCUAUAGUCACUCCCCAUACCUGCUUUGCAGUUCUUCUAAUUCAGCUGCUCUGUUUCUUUUUCUUUCUUUCUUUCUUUCUUUCUUUCUUUCUUUCUUUCUUUCUUUCUUUCUUUCUUUCUUUCUUUCUCUCUCUUUCUCUCUCUCUCUCUCACACACACACACACAGUGCUUCCAUGUAUGUAAUUUCAGUACAAUAUAUUUUUAAUAUAUGCUUCAUAUUCAGUGGAUCGCUGUGUGUGAAAUCAGUCUUGAUCUGUGUCCAUGUGUCCUGAUCCAUGCACUGUUCAAAUUGGGAUACUAAAUAGGUUCAAUAGGGUUCAUGCAUGCCCUUGUUCAAAUAGGUUGUGAGACUGAAAAUUUGUUAGUAAAGAAAAUGUAUGAACAGCCAACAAAAUAUUUAAUGCUAAAAUCAUCAAUCUACAAUCUUAGAGUCUUAAAGUACCAAUUUGACCGAAGUCAGUGGUCCGUCUGUGCCUUUUACAUACAAAAUCCUAUUAUGCAAAUGCGACCCAAUGAGAUUUAUAUGUGAAUAAGUGAGUUGCCAAAUGAUCACUUGAGAAAUGUUAGUUAUCGACUAACCAUCACUGGAACUUGGAAAAUAUUUAAUUAAAAUGUACUUUAAAAGCUGUUUAAUUAAAUGAAAGACAUAUUGGCUUGAUGAUGAUGAUGAUGAUGAUGAUGAUGUGAGUAUGCAACAUGUUUACCUAUUGUUGUUUGGCAUGUUGAUAAAAUGAAUAAUAAGAGUUUAACAUAACCCCUUAAUAAAUAUUUAAAAGCC